AUGGCGGCCUUCUUGCAUCAGCUGUGUUGGAGAAACGCCCUCACAAAUAGAGUCUUCAGUGUAUCCAAACAUUUGUUUCCUUCAGUCAAUCUUCAUCGGUAUUCUUUAUUGCAUGCGGGUCAAGAGAGAGUCUUGUCGACGUCGGUUAAAGCUCGUGAACUCGAAGAAGAUACACCACGUGGCUUGCCAAGCGCUCGUUCACCUUCUUCAAAUUACAAUAUCAACCUAAGAAAAAUUUACGUUGGUAAUCUCUUUAAAGGACAGACUACCAAAGAGAAUCGCCAAAUCGCAAAAGACGAGUUAUUCAAAUACUUUUCGAGUUUUGGCGAAGUUGAGCUCAUGGAAUUUCCCACUAAAUCUCCUCGCGAUCCGUCCGGUCGAGGAUUUGGGUUCGUGACAUUUCGCGAUGUACAUGUUGCUCAAAAAGUCCUGGCAGUCGAAGAACCUCAUAUAAUUGAUGGUCAGACUCUCAAGGUGGCUCCUUUAAGAAAUCAAACUAUGGCUAUUCAAGGAAAAAGAAAUCUUACUGUUCUUGUGAAAAAAGUUUUAAGGAGCACAAGCAAACAAGCAAUCGAAGAUCACUUUUCUCAGUUUGGUAAAGUAAAUAAGGUGUUUUUGGCCCAGCAUGAUCCCGCAGAUGAAAAUCUAAGCAGCUACUAUGUCAUGUUUGCAUCCUUAUCAGGUGUGCAUGAAGCCUUACAACUACCACUACAAAGAAUCGGGGAGCAAAGAACUGAAUCGCAAGUGAUAGAAUUUCCACAGUCAAGCCAUAUCAUUGGAAAAACCAAAAAGCUGGUCCUAACAUCAGUACCAGACCAGCUUACUGUUGAAAAUCUGAGAGAUCACUUCUUAGCAUUUGGGGAUGUAGAGUGGGUGGAAUUACUUGUCAACAUCCCACUUAUGUCUGGUGAAGAGGGAAAACGCAAUGUGGCUUUUAUUCGUUUCUCUUCUGCAGCUGUAGUAGAAGAAAUAACACAGAAGAGUUAUCAUGUCAUUAACGGAUUAGGUGUAAAUGUUGCAAAACAUAGAGACCAAGCUGUUGACCUCCCUGAUAAGCUCCGGCAUUUAAAACUGUCAGUGGAAGGCCUUCCAUUAUCAACAGGUGUAGCUCUUAUAAGGCACUACCUUAAAAAAGCUUUUGACAUUGUGCCAAUUGGAGUAUUUUUUGACAGGCGUCAAGUACUUAGAAAUAACCAGACUCCUUGCAUUGUCAGGUUUUCUGAGCAAAGGGAGGUAGACAUGGUUUUACAAGAACCAAAGGUCACAUUUGAAGGAACUACAUUGCAUUUCCGUCAACUUGUUUGGAGAAAUUCCAGAAAAAACUCUGAUAUACUGGGGAAUUAAAAGAAUUAAUUAAAUGAACUAAAGAGAUNAACCAGACUCCUUGCAUUGUCAGGUUUUCUGAGCAAAGGGAGGUAGACAUGGUUUUACAAGAACCAAAGGUCACAUUUGAAGGAACUACAUUGCAUUUCCGUCAACUUGUUUGGAGAAAUUCCAGAAAAAACUCUGAUAUACUGGGGAAUUAAAAGAAUUAAUUAAAUGAACUAAAGAGAUAAGCAACUAGCCUGUAUUGCAGACAUAAUUUAACCUUGCUUACGAACAUCUACAAAGCAGCAUUGUGAGCCUUGUUGUGGGUCCCCCAGAGACUUAAUGAAUUGGUGUUUUGAAUUUCCUUUCAUCCUGAUUGGCAAACUGACAAUGGCUUUUCUAACAGGCCAGUCAUGGUGUGUGCUCAAAUCCUGGUAGACAGGAAGGGGCCCUGAACAAGGAUUCCAGUGCUUGUUUCGCAGAUGGACUUAACCAGAGUUAAGUUUUGUCUGUGAUGCAGGCUAAUAACUCAUCCAGUUAUGUGUUGAUAAAUCAUUAUUUUGAUAAUCUGUUGCUAGUCCUUUGGCUAUCAUCAGUAAAACUUCACAUAUUAAUUAUUAUUUUAACCAAACAGAUAGCUCUGAACAGCCUUUUCCCUCUCUCUUGGUAGCAAAUGUAUUUUCUUAUUUACAGGCUAUGAAGCAAAGUUUGAACAGAGUUUUUUUAAGAUAUGCUAAUACAAAUAAACUUGACUUUGAUGUAAAUGUGAGCAUGGUGAACAUGACUUUUUCCUCCAUUGUGUUUGACAAUUUUCACCAGACUCUGUUCUUUGCAGAAAAAGUGGCUUACAAACAGUAGAGGUAAACAACAAUCAUAAUCUGUCAUAAAAGCUGUUGAUAUCUCAAAUGAUACAAAGAACAUUGCAUUUCAGAUUAAGUUCAUGGUCCGCAUGGACUUAACCUCCAACAGAGACAGAGAAUUAAUGUUUUUAUGGCUUGUCUGAUUUUCCUCUCCCUAAGACAUCAGCUAAAUGGAGCAGCCAUUUGUUUAAAAAAGCCAAACAUUCACUAACUGUAUCACAUGAAAUCAAUCAUCAAGCUGUACAAAAGCUGGAUAACACUACCACCGGAUAAAUCUCUGUCCAAUGUUUCAUGCAAUAUUAAUGGCACAUUGACAACAGCAAUAUUAUUGGUUUCCACAAUACAUAUACUUAGAUAGUGAUUAAUAUCUGGUAUAUAGCACUAUUCCACAUUUGAACAACCUGUGCCAGCUGCAUAAUAAUGCAUAAUAAUAUAAUAAUAACAUUUAAUAAUAAUAAUAAUAUCCUUAAGCUACAUUUGUUAAAAAGGUGGAUAGCAUCAGAUAAACUCUAUCCACUGGAUAGUGCAAUUGAUUUCCCUUAUGCUUAUCCACGGGAUAGUGAUUGAUCCAAUGGAUAGCGUUAUCCAGCUUUUGAAAAACUGGGGCCAGAAAGUUAUUCCGCGAGCAAGUCAUGGCCAGAGGGGGUGGGAAAAAAUGCUUGCAGGCUACACCCUUUUUUGUAUAAGAAUAUCAAGACUGAAAUUUUGGAAAAUUUAAGAAUAUUUUAGGAAUAAACCCCAGGCUGAGAUUUUGAAAUGGAUAUUGUUUUCUGUGUUGAAGAUCUCUAAACACAGUACAAUUUAUCAUGCCUUUUUAACUGAUUCCUUUCUCUAAACGGCAAAACUAGCCAACAAAACGAAAAAACCUGCACUAGCUGUAAUUGAUAUCAGACUUUAAAUUUAGUCGUCCGCCUUUUACAUAGCUUUUCCCAGAUGGGUCCUUGUCUUGGCUCUUACACCGGCUCAGGGCAGUUCUUCAUUGGAAGGACAGCUGCGGUAUGAUGGCCCUGAAGAAGUUUGCUUGGAAGGCUAGACCAUGAUCAUCAGUGGUCAUUUAAUUCAUUUUUUGCAGUUGGAUCAAGUGGCUGUUUAUCACUCUCAACCCCAGAGCUCUUCCACGCAUGACGGAACUGGGUCGAGCAGAUGGUGUGGCAUUUGGGCAUUGAAGCAUCUUUUGCCGCGCGCCUGGGGGUCGAGAUUGGCUGUUUAUAAGGUGUUCACGAGUCUCGAGUACUUUUCUCGCUUCCCGCGAGACCGCGGCUAA